AUGAGAGUAACCAUUGUUGCUCGGGGACGAGAAUUCGCCAUGGAAAUCGGUUUCCAGGAACCUGUUUUAGCCAUCAAAAGUAAGUUAGAACAGUUCCUGGGAAUUCCAGCAGGAUCGCAAACACUUUCGGUAUCCGGUUGGGAGCUCGUGGAUGGAUUAGACAUGGAUGAUUAUCCGAUCGUCACACACGGUACCAAAAUCGACCUUACCGCGACGAAACCGCUUUCGCCACCGAUUAAUCAUUGCAGUAAAAUGCAAAUCGUUGUGAAAUUUUCGGCUAAACAGAUCACCAUGGAGGUCGAUACGACGGAGACGGUUCGCAGCUUAAAAGAAAAAAUCCACAUCGUCGAUGGCACACCGAUCAAAAGAAUGCUACUCUUUUUCUCCGGAACAGAAAUGACAGACGAUUUCCGGAACCUGAGUGAAUACGGGAUAUCCGAAUCCUCGGAAAUCAUCGUUUUCUUGAAAACCAUGAAUCGUUUAAGGGAAGAGCCUCCGUCGAAGAAGCUGAACAUUGUGGUGCAAAUGUCUUCCAGCCUGCUGAAUGCGGCCGCGAUUACGUUCGAAAUGAAGGAUUGCAGCACCGUUAACGAAUUAAGAGAGUUGUUGUUGAGCAGAAGAAUUCUUCCCCGAGACGAUUACUUGUUCAUACACAAGCAAAGGAUAAUGCGUGAGAAUUGUAGCUUAAGGUGGCAUGGUGUUGAGAAUGGGGAUUGCCUCUAUGUCUUUAGAGGCACUGUUAGUCGUACUGGAUAUUAA